CCCACACAGCCAAAGCCAGCUGCGAUCAUCUCCAUCGAUCUAGCACGCACGCACGGAGUACCAGUCUUCCCUUCCAGCAAUGGCGGCCUGCCUCCCCCUCGCCGUCGUCCUCGUGGCCCUCGUCGCCGCCACCGGCGCCAGCGCCCACGGCUACAGCCAGACCCCCUCGCCGACGCCUGCACCGGCUGCCAAGUGCGACAAGGUGAUGCUGAAGGUGGAGGGCAUGGUGUACUGCCAGAGCUGCACGCACCGGAACUCGUGGUGCCUGGACGGCGCGACGCCGCUGCCGGGGGCAAAGGUGACGGUCACCUGCCGCGACGCCAAGAACCGCGUCAUGGAGUCGCGGACGCCCGUCGCCGACGGCAAUGGCUACUUCCUCGCCGAGUUCGACGUCGCCGAGAAGGCCGACUACUACAAGGGGGACCCCGCCAAGGCCUGCUUCGUGCGCCUGCUCGCGUCGCCGGACCGCAAGUGCGACGACCUCACCAACGUCAACUACGGCAUCGAGGGCGCGCCGCUCCGCCACGAGGGCAAGCGGUGGUCCGGUAAGGGGUACGAGAACGUCGUGUACGCCGCCAGACCGCUCUCCUUCAAGCCGGACACCUGCGCGCCCAGGGGCCACUACUGAUGAUCGUUUUUUUUUUUUGAUUUUUUUAAAGUAUUAUCUAAUCUAAUCACUUCAAGCAUCAUAGCUCAAUUUCAUCAUUUCAAACAUGAAGUUGAUAACCACACAUACCAUGUGGUUACUGAUGAUUAACUCCGUUAAUUUGAAGUGCAUGCGUGUACGCGCGUACGUGCGUGCGCAAAGCUUAUAUGCGCCAUGCGCGGCUGCUUUGGGUUUGAGACCGUGUAUAUUCUGUUUUUUUCUCCUACAAAACUUCAUGUAUUCAUCAUCAAUCUUUUCCUAAUAAUAAUAAAGCGAUUAUUGCUUCUACCCGCUCGCUCACCGUCGUCGUGCUUUUGCUAAAACCCCCCUGUGUUUUCAGUAAUACACCCCGCAAUCCCUCUUCUACAUGUGUAAAAACGG